AUGGCCUGCAGAGCCGACACUGAGCUCACACCUCAGAGCUUUAGAAGGAAAGUUCUCUGUGAAGACGAGGAGGAAUCAUCUGUAGACGUGAAGCACCCUGGUCCUGAUAUUCCUGAUGUUACUCUACUGGUAAAAGGUGAGAGUUUCUAUGUCAGCCGCCGGCGUCUGGCCCACCAGAGUCCCUACUUCCGGGCUCUGUUCUUUGGCUGCGGUGUAGAAAGCAACAAGAGGAAAGUGGAAAUUAAAGGCGUGUGUCUGCAGCCGUUCAGGGUUUUGAUGGAGCACAGCAGGACGUCCAGGCUGGUUUUGGACAGAGACAAUGUUUUGGGGAUCCUGCAGGCCGCAGACUUCCUCCAGCUGGAGCGAGCCCAGCUGCUGUGCUGCAAGUUCCUGGAGCGUGAGCUACACCUUACAAACUGUUUGCAAAUGAUGACUUACGCCUGGUGGCUUGGCUGCACUCAGCUGUACGCCGCUGCACGACAGGUGGUGCUCACACACUUUUCUGCUGUCAUCGCUGAAGAGGACUUCCUGUCGCUGUCCAAGGAGACCAUAGCGGAUCUUCUCGCAAGCGAUGGCCUGGCCAUCAAUAAAGACGAUCUGGCCGUGGAGGCCACUCUCCGCUGGGCAUCAUUUGACCCUAAACGUGAAGAACACUUUCUGGGGCUCAUUGAGCUGGUGAGGCCAGAGUCUCUCUCUUUACCGUUUAUCACUGAACUUCUGACCAGAAUGAAGAGCUCUGACCCCAGAGCAAAGCUCGUUGGUAUGCUGAAUGAACAUUUCCCAGCGGCCUGGUCAAUGGGCAGGUCAUUGAGGAGGAUGGGGGCCAGGGAGACCCUCUUUGUCCUGGGUGGACCUCACGAUCAGGAGCAACAGGCUCUGUACCAGUUCCACCCUCACAGCGGGAGAUGGCAAAGCUGUGCACCUCUGCAGAGGAAGAACCUCACCCAGUACUCGGUAGCUGCAGUAGGAGACAAUGUGGUUGUGACCGGUGGCCACUUCCGGGAUGUGCUGUGGUUCAGCGUGGACUGGGUCAGGAUGUACGAGUGUGGGAACCAGCGCUGGGUGGAUGCUCCGGCCCUGCAGAGAUCCAGGCACAGCCACUGCUCCGUAGGGCUGGACUCAGUCCUGUACGUCCUGGGUGGCAGCAUGGAGGAAGGGCUUGUGGCUGAUGUGGAAAGGCUGGUCCUGGGGUCAGAGGAGGGUUGGGAGGGGGUCAGCCCAUUGGUCAGGGCCGUGGAGAGGGCGGCCACUGCUGCUCUGGGGUCAUGUAUCUAUGUGGCGUGCGGCCUAGAUGAAAACGGGGAGGUGUACAGUGGCAUUCAGAGGUAUGUGGUGAAGGAGGAUCAGUGGGAUGUGGUCUCCUAUUCUCCAUUUCCACGGUAUGACCUGGUUGCCACUGAGCUCAACGGUGCCCUCUAUCUUUUUGGAGGCCAAAGCUUACGUUUUGACGUGGAGACAGAUGAGUGGACUGAGCUGGAGGAGGAAUCUCUGGACAGGAAGUUCUUCUGUGGCUGCACCACAGUCGGCGGACAGGUAUACCUGGUCAGCGAGAGGAGGAUCAACAAAGCGUCUCCCAACAUGGUGCUGAUGGACCCGUACAUAGACACAUGCAUUGAGGUAGACGAUGCCAUACCCUGCCCCGUGCCUAUCAGAGGGUGUGUCACCAUGAGAAUGGUUCAGGGUUCGUGUCACCACCAGCUCAGUAACAUUGAAACCAGUCACAGUUAG